CACUGAUGGCACAGAAAUAAGGGUGAACUUUUACGCCUAUACGUGAAAAACGCGGGAUGUCGCUAUUUGGUUAUGGAAAUACUGGUGUAAGGGACUCUUACGUCAGCCCAGUAUUAAGCCCUAAUAAGUGGACGCGCAAUGGACGGAAGCCUAUUUUCAAUGACAGCCUCAACCAUAGUGGCACUUCAUGGCUCCCGCCAAUGAACAAGUAUAACGAUAAUGCAAAGAUGAAUUCAGAACCCGUGCAACCCUGGAAUAGCUUUCUAGACAAACCGUCGGAAGGAAUAUAUGGCUCGAGUCCAGACAUAUCUGCAUUUAGGUCACGCCUAUUGGAUUCGCCCGGAAGAAACGUUGGACUGGAUGUACCAGCCUACUUGAGAAGCGUUGAUACGAAGAGAUAUUCAUAUACCCCUAAACGUGUAGAUGCAUUUGCCCACAGGUCAGUGUCACCGAGACUACCUACAGAUUAUCUAAACAAUGAUAGCACCUUUAAUUUUAAAUCGCCGACACUUUCACGCCGUCCCUUGUUGAGCAGGAGCAAUGGGAUUACUGUACCUGACCUUCGAUAUGGCAGUUACACAAUGCCAUCGCACAGUACAAGCGCCAUGGGCAGAUAUGGUACUACCAUGGAUUUACAUACCAGUCCACAACCCAGAUCCAGGAUCAACAUCCAUGCUACUGACGAUAUACUAAAUCGCAUUAAAAGAAGCCUUUCAGAGUGCGAGAAUAUUACCCGGAGGUUAGACCGCCAAUAUGGUUCGCGCAGAUCGGAACCGCCCGUUACCGACUACGGCGAAAGGGUAUUUCCACGGUCUCUUGCUGAUAACUUGUUUUCUAGCAGGGGCCAAAGUGUCCCAGUAUACCGAAAUGGCUUAAACUUAAGCAGAUCUAGUAUAGAUGGCAAUAACGACGACUUCAAGAUGAAUGAGGUGCAAGAGCACGAAAAGCCGAAAGGAGCGUUGACGCGUAUUCUAGAGAAUAUAAAGAACAUACGUAAUCGUGCUUUAUUCAAAGCCACUGAGGAUACCACGGGGAAACGUAAUUUUAUCGAGAUUGAUAAGGAGGUAAUCGAAUCGCCACGACCUACUCGUCGUCCACGGACUGUAGACGUAGAAGCCAUACAACGACGUAUCAAAGAACAGAAGCGUGCAUUAUUAUCACAGCGCACGACAUCGCAUUACGAUUAAUGGGCACAAUAUUGACCUAGGCCGUUCUCACCCUCAAUGGCGAAGCGUAUGUGGUACCACAACGUACAUGUUGAUGUGGUCGUAUUCAUUAUUUUGAAAAC